AGAUGUUUACCACUGCCCCCUGACAUGGGACACGUGUCGCCUCGGUUGAUCCCCCCUCACGGCAGACCGUCAGACCGCAGAACACGUGUCGACUCCCCCUAUCAAGAUACGACACGUGUCCCCCGAAUCUAAGGUCGCUCCUUGCCCAUUCAUUUCGCAACACGUGUCGUGUCUACAGUGCGUCCCCUAUAUAAUUCCCUACAUCUCAACUGCCAGUUCCCCCCACGAGCCAGGACAGACAGUCCUCGCCGAAGAUGACCCCCAAUCAACGGCUCAGACGGAGCGGCGACGUGGCUGAUUCGGCCGAACCGGGCCUGGUCGACGAGCGGGUUCUAGUUCUUGUAUUCGAGUCGAUCAGCUGGGACCUUCAAUUGCUGUGCGUGGCGUCGGCGGUGAACCGGAAGAUCCGGGCCAUAGCGAAGCGGGUGCUCUGGCGGCAGCUCUGCAUGCACCGCGCGCCGCGUAUGGUGGCUUCGCUGAUGGGCGGCACCGCAGCGGCUGGUUCCGGUGGGAGGAUCGCGGGCGGUUGGCCCGCCUUGGCCAAGCUCAUGUUUUACUGCUGUGGAUCUGAUUCCAGCCGCCAUUUGCGGCUAGACCAGCGGCUGCCCGGACAUUUCGUAGAGACCUCCCGGUUCUCCAAGACCUCGGGGCAGAGCUUCCUCCCGAGGCGAUGCCGCGGCGACCUCCUCUACGUGUGCGAUCCGUGCGAGCACCAGAUGGGCAGCGAGGAGGAGGACUUGGGCGUGUACAGGGGAGUGUUCAAGGGGUUCAUGAACUCGAGAACUCGCGCGUGCCUGAUUUGGCGACAGGUGGCGCUCGAGGACAGGCCGUGCCCCUACUGUGGAGCCCGCGUGUGGAGCAUGACCACGGCACGACUCGUCCCGAGGAGCGCGGCCAGGAGGCUCGGGUCAGGGGAUGGACGGCUCGAGUACUUCGUGUGCGUGAACGGGCAUCUCCAUGGCACUUGCUGGCUCAUUCCCUUGUCUUCGGAUGAGGGCGAUCGGCACGACGAGGAGGAGGACGAUGAAGAGGAUGACGACGACGACGAAAGUGGCAACUGCAGCCAUAUCAAUGGUAUUCAGCGGACUGCAACAGAUGGGAGCACUAGCUCGACAGGGGAGGAGAUUGUUGGAUAUGGGUCACCGCAGAAUUACCAAUCGGCUUCCGGGACGGACCGCCAUUAGCAUCAGCAACGGGAUCAGAGGGGAUAGUACUAACAUGGUGAUUCUUCCUUUAAUGGAGCAUCGUCAUUCUUCGGCAGUAAUUACGUGAUGGAUAGCUUCGUCCGGGAAUUUUCGACGUCCCGAAGUUAUGGCUGCUAUGGGAUUAUUAUGGAAUGUCAUGUGUGGCCAGGGGUCGUAAAGAUUGUUGGAUCUAAUUUUGGUUGCUAAUUGAAUAUUGAAUGGAAUGGAAAGGGAUUUGAAUGAUUUGGGACUAAUGCAGGGGAUAUGCUGUACAUAGAUUUGAUUUAAUAAUUGAUGAUCUCCUUUUCCCUUUCUUGUA